AACUUCAACAUAGCACGAGGCCCGUUGUCCCAGGCGGUAAGUUAAGUUACCAUAGUCGCGUAGACGUAUUUGUUCUCUGUUACUGUUAAUUUAACUUACGAAAUUGUUAAAGAAUGGUAUCCUACCGAUAAAAAAUAAAUUCAAACACAUACUACUACAUAGUCCUAGGCUCCUAGGCCUAGUUAGUAGGCCUAUUUAUAACAUAAAUAAAAUAUUUAAUUUUGCUACAUAGACUACCUACAUAGUCCCAGUUAGUGUUAUAAAAGGGAUUCGGUUAUAAAAUAGGCCUAUAACUGAAAUAUUAAAAUUUACUUCAUUUAUUUAGGCCUACAAGGCUACAUACAUAGUCCUAAUUAGUGUUUUAGUAGUUUGACUGUUUUACAAUACAUUUCAAUACAAGGAAAAUAAGCAUUUAAGAAAUAAAGCUACAUUGGUGUGGUAAAUGGUCUAACAUUUCUUCACUGAACAUACUAGCAUGAAGACAAUGUUCUAACAUUUCUUCACUGAACAUACUAGCAUGAAGACAAUGUUCUAACAUUUCUUCACUGAACAUACUAGCAUGAAGACAAUGUUCUAACAUUUCUUCACUGAACAUACUAGCAUGAAGACAAUGUUCUAACAUUUCUUCACUGAACAUACUAGCAUGAAGACAAUGUUCUAACAUUUCUUCACUGAACAUACUAGCAUGAAGACAAUGUUCUAACAUUUCUUCACUGAACAUACUAGCAUGAAGACAAGAUCUAUAUCAGUAGAUCAAAUCAUCUGAAACAAAACAACUUUCCCAACCCCUAUUUGCCCCUUACAGCAGUUUUUCUGAAAAUAAUUUAAUAAUAAAGAGUCUUUUAUUAAGCUAAGUUAAAUAGUUCGGGCUGUCGCGAGUCAGUCAGUUAAACCAGUUUAGGUUUAAAGAAUCAGUCAGUCAAACCAGGUUAGGGUUAAUGAGUUAGUCAGUCAAACCAGGUUAGGUUAAAUAAGAGUAAGUCAAACCCCUUUCUAGAAUAUAUAAUAUAUUUGUUGUUUUACUGUCCCUAUCAAAGCUGUUGUUAAAAUAAUUUUACUUUAAGUAGUCUAUGUUGAUCCUUUCCACUCAUUGCCUGUUUAUUGAUUCCAGGCCAUCUCCAGUGUGGGCAGUAAACAGUCUCUGAAUGAUUGUUCUGACAACAGGUCAGAAGUUUCCACAGGAAAUGUAUCUGGUUACUCCAACCUGCGACCUGAUAACAUGAUUAUGAUAAGUCAGAUGUUCACUUUGGUAAGGUUUGUGACAUGUGUUAGGGUUAGGGUAGUUCACUUUGAUAAGGUUUGUAACAUGUGUUAGGGUUGUUCACUUUGGUAAGGUUUGUGACAUGUGUAAAAGUGAAGGAAUUUAGUUACAUGCACUUCUUGUAACAAAGGCGCUUGAAAAAAGGGGGGGGGGGAGUUUGCAAGUACUUUAUGUUUUUUCCUACUUAUUUAUUUAUAUCUUAUUUUUAUUUCUACCUUAUUGUCUUUUAAUUUUUUAGAAGUACAAACACCCUUACUCAAACCCUUACUCAUCUGUAGAGAAAGGAAUUCUAGGAAUUAGGCCUAUAUUUUGGUUUAGGGGGCACAUAAUUACUCAUAUACAUAAAAGAAUCACCUUCAUUAAAGAAAAACACCCUUACUCGACUGUUGAGAAUUGAAUUCUAGGAACUGGGCCUAUAUUUUGGUCUAGGGGGCACACUCAUAUACCGAAAAGAAUCACCUUCAAUCUAGAAAAAAGUACUCGUCUAAACGAAAAAGUUCCUUAAAAAAUUUCUUGGCUCUUUUUCCAAAAACAAUCCCUUUGGAAUUAAUUGUCUUUUUUCAUCUCAAAAGCUUAAAAAAUAAUCCAAAUGGAAUUUUACUUUUUCUUCGGGAGGUUAAAUAUGAUUCAAAUGAGAAUCAAAUAUUUCUGCAAAAGAUUCAAAUAAAAAUUGAAUGUCUAUUUUUUCAACCUAAAGCAAGCUUAAUAUUAAAAUCAAAUGUCCAGCAAUAGAAAAAUCAAGUCUGCCCUUUAUUAAUAUGUUUCCCUAAUUUUCAAUGAAUUUUAAAUGCUUGAUUACUGUUGACCAGGUUGCAAAACUAAAUGGUGACCAGGUUGCUGUGAGAAAAGUGCGCAAAAAAUCAAUUCGUGAGGACAAACUUCUGUUGAAAGAAAUGAAAAUUGUGAGUAUGUAGAUAUUCAGUCAUUUAGCUAUGUCAGUUGAAAUAAGGGCUCUAGAACAAAAUAUUUAUUCAUUGGCAGCUACUUUAAGAGAUGUCUGCAGAAUUAAUUUUCUAUUCUGAGGAUUCUUCUGUACAAUUAACUUGCAUUUUGGGUUAGGGUUAGGGUUAGGAUUCUUCUGUACAAUUAACUUGCAUUUUGGGGUUGGGGUGAAGGUGUCUUUUAUAAUUUCACUUUUAAUAGUCAUUAGCCUUUAUACGAUGUUUAUUAGUCUUAGAAUCAUCAAAACUAAUACAGAGGCCUCAUGUUGGUAAGACCUACUACUGUUUAAAUGAAAUUUUCAUGUUAUAUAUAUCCUAAUUUUUAUUCUUUGUUCAAUAUUUCUUUUCAAAUAAUUUUGCUCUUGAUAUUUCUUCUUGAUUAACUAUAUCUAUUUACAUACAAGUUAAUUUCUUGGAAUAAUCUACAUCCAUUUACACAUAAGAUCUUUCUUAAAAUAAACUACUUCUAUUUAUACACAAGCUACUGCUUUGGAAUAAUUACAUCUAUUACACACAAACUACUUUCUUGCAAUAAACUACAUCUAUUUACACACAAGCUAUUUUCUUAAAAUAAACCACAUCUAUUUAGACACAAGCUACUGUUUUGGAAUAACUACAUCUAUGUACACACUAGCUACUUUCUUGGAAUAAACUACAUUUAUUUACAAACUACUUUCUAAUGUUAAAUUUAGUUUUUGAAUCAUGUUUUGAAUGUGUUAUAAUCUUAAAUAUUAAACUUUAAAGCAUUCAAAUCUUUAAGGUAGCCUUCUUUGGCUGCUUUUUCUUGUCAAACUAAAUAAGUAGAAGCAACUUUUAAAAAUAAAGAUACCAAAGAAAUAUUUGCAAAAUAACCCUUUCCUGAGCUGGGAAAUUUAUUUUCUCAAAUUUCUAAUUCUUAGAACUUAUUUAACUUUGUCUACAGAUGAAGUCGCUUAAACACACCAACCUUGCAACAUUCCAUGGGGCCUGCACUGAGAGUCCAAACAUCUGUGUCUUAUGGGAAUAUUGUAGUAAAGGCAGUCUAGAGGACAUUCUGCACAACACAGACAUCAAACUGGAGUCCAUGUUCCAGUUCUCUAUAGCCCUGGAUAUCUGCACAGUAUGGUCAUUGUUUUUUUAAAAUUAAAACUAAUACUUUCUAAUAACAGAUUUUCAAAUGGCACUGAAUUUACAGCAGUUCUGAAACAAUUUAUUUUUUUAUCUACAAAAAGCCAUCUUGCAGUUAUUGAUUUUGGAAAAAUUAAUAUUCAAAAUAAUACAAAACAAGAAAAACAGAUAAUGAGAAAUGAAAAUUUAAAAAAUUAUAUGUUAGAAAGUCUCAAUAAGGUCAAUGUAGCUCUUUAUUACAUCCUAAAAGUCUCAAUGAGGUCAAGGUAGCUCUUUGUUACAUCCUAAAAAUCUCAAUAAGGUCAAUGUAGCUCUUUUUUACAUCCUAAAAGUCUCAGUAACCAAAGUUAGGGUUAGGCUGCUAGAAAAAUAAAUAUUUAGGCUUUUGAGUUGUAAGUAAUGGGGGAAAAAAAUUAAACACACCACAAAGCUCACUUCAAGGCCGCUCACUUCAAGGCUGUGUCAGCCAAUAAAAAGGGAGGAGCUGGUGGUGAGGUAAUCAUUAUAUUUACAGACCAAUAAAAAUAAAAACGGAAAAAAAUAUAAGUCAAGGCGAUGAUACAUAAUUCAAAUUUCAAAUUUAUAAUCUUAAAUAUUUUGUAACAGCAUGUUUGAGCAAAUUAUUAUUUAAUUAAAACCGGUAUAGUAAAUUGCACAAGCCCAGAAGAUGGUACUCAUAUUGAUAAGGAUUAAGAACUAUUUUCUGCUUUGUUUUCAGGGUUUAAACUACCUACACAACAGUGAGCUAGGUGUGCAUGGGCGUGUCAAAACUUCCAACUGUGUGGUAGACAGCAGAUGGGUGGCCAAACUGACAGACUUUGGGCUACAGAGAUUAAAAAAAGGGGAAAAGCCUGCAGAGGAAACAAGUACAGAGAAGUUUUACACCGGUAUGUUG